UUAAAAGGGAUUACGCCUCCAAACCCGCACAGAGAAAAAACAACAACAACAUUAACUGGCUUGGAUGCAGCCCAGUGCCGGAUAUUUCCCCCCGACUGAAAACCUUAACCCACUCUGUAUUCCCAGCCCCGGCUCGUGUGGAACAGUCAGCUAAAAAAAAUGAUUGCUUGAAUAUUUUUGUACUAUUGUUGCGUUUCUUUUUUUUUUUUUUUUUUUUUUUUUUUCUCUCGCCAGCACCCGCUUCACGUUUUUUUAACAGACUCGCUAUGGUGGACUCUCCUACCAUGAGGAAGACUUUUGUGGUCCCAGACAUAAAGCCAUUGGAUUUGUAUGACUGUACUAAAGCAAAAAUAUGCGCAAGUGUCGGCUGGCUGCUGGCGAAGUCUUACGGCAGCGCAGAGAGUGUCCCUGUAGAGCUGCGUGACCCCUUCUACUGUGACCAGUAUGAGCAGGAGCACCUCAAACCGCCAGUCACGCGCCUCCUGCAGUCCUCAGAGCUCUACUGCCGGACGUACAGCCUUCUACUGGGGGGCCCCGACGCCGAGGCACAGCCCAAAGACAACGCCGCCCUGCUGCAGCUCCUCGCCCAGAGAGGCAUUGUCUCCAAAGACAAGGACACACCGGUGACCGAUGCAGACCUCCGACACAAACCCAUCAAAAUGAGUGCUCACCUGGCAGUGAUAGACGCCUUGAUGGCCAUGGGAGCUAUGGAGACGGUGACUGCGGUGAAGACAUGUGGUUCUGCCGAGCUACAGGGUGGAGCCUCCAACUGGGAGGAUGCUCUGCUUCAUUGGGUUAAUGGGUUAAACCAGAAGUUAAGAGAACGUACCGAAGGAGCCCAGAAUGACACGUCUCAGGCAAUUACAGAGCCCCAACCUGUUCAACCCUCUCUCCGCUACAGGAAGGAUAAAAUGCAGUCCAAACAAAAGCCCAUCUUUCCAGUGGUGAAUGAAGUAAAAGACCUGUCCAGUGGUUGUGCUGUUGCUGCAGUCAUACAUUACUAUUGCCCUGGCCUGCUAAGACUUGAAGACGUUUGCAUGAAGGAGUCGAUGUCUGUAGCAGACUGCCUUUACAACCUGCAGUUCAUCCAUGAGUUCUGUGACAGCUGUCUGAAGAGCUGCUGUCACUUGGCACUGGAGGACAUGCUAUACUCCCCACAGGAGCUUCAGCUCAAUUUGCUGAGCUUCCUAGCAGAACUGCUUAGCUGGUUUGAAGUACGAAGGCCAGAAUUUGUUCAGCCAAUAGACACGUUGGAUGGAUCCACACCAGUAAUACCCAGUAGCUUGAGCGGUAGCAGUACGUCACCUUCUAUCUUCAAGAAGCCUUUCCUACCCAUCUCCUCUCCUGCGUCAGGAUCUUUGACUCAGUCUACCUCAAUGUCUCAUAUAGAAGGAGUUGGAAAGACAUGGAGCAAAAAACCUCUCAGCCGCCCCAUGUCAGCCGUAUCCUUCAGCAUUCCUUUCGGCCUAGACAGUGAUGUGGACAUUGUGAUGGGCAACCCUGUGAUAACCCGCUCUGUGAGCUCCGACCAGCUCAACCCACCAGGCCAAAAUAUGACCCGGGUGCCCUACACCCCUCCUGAAGACCUCAGCCAUUUUCUGAGCAAACCCCCUGGCUCCAACGGUCCACAAAGAGCUUCUUGGGCCACCCAGGCUCCUAGUGUUCCAAAGUUAGCAGAGGAGAACGGCCUCGUGGCGAGUGAAACGGGGGAGCUGCCUACCAUUGAAGAGGCUCUCCAAAUUAUCCACAACGAGAGCAAGAUGGAGCCUCGUUUACACCCUGAUGGUGCUCCUGAUGGCUUCUACCUCCACUCCCCUGAUGACCCUGCGAGUUCCAGACAUAACAACUUAGCACCCAUCAGCUGCUCUGCCCCUACACGCUCAGGAAUGAUGUACCGGCCCACAGGAGAGUCCAAGGAGCCCACUCGCAUCAGAAACACCUCUGAAUGUUCUCGAGAUGACGACUCUGUCUUGAGAGAUGGCAGUGUAGACUCUGAUGCAUCAGAGGACCUGCCUAAAGCCCAGUCCACUCCAAACACACCAGCUGCUGGUUCACACUCUGCUAGAGGCCAUGGCAGAGAGGUGUCCGAUAGUGGUGUGAAGAUGACCAGCUUUGCAGAACGCAAAAAGAAACAGAUUACGGAUUCUCCUAAAGCCAGCGACCCCUCUCCUUCUUCUCAGACGACCACAUGGGGGCAAAAGUCUGAAGAAAGCCCCAGCAAGAGCCCUCAACUCAACAAUGAGAUGUCUGAGCUCGAAACCCGGCUUGGAGAAAAGCGCAAGGCUAUAGAAGCCCAGAAGAAACGCAUUGAGGCCAUUUUUGCAAAGCAUCGACAAAGACUGGGGAAGAGUGCCUUUCUGCAGUUAAAGAAGGAGCAGCGUGACGACGAAGGGGAGGGGGAAGGAGGGGAUGGCCAGAUCAGCACCUCAUCCACAGAAGAAGAACUCUCUCGCUUGACACUUGAAGAAAGGCUUGCUCGAAUGGAAGAGGAAGAGCAGCAAGAACAACAUGAACAGCGCCCCUCAGUGGAGGUUGACGUAAAUGUCAAAGUAGGACAGUUCAACAAACAGGUCAGUCACUCCAAAGAAAAGACGGGUACACCAGGAGAGAAGGGCUCCGGGACUCAUGGUGAGAAAAUGGUAGCUCCACUAGGGGACUAUAACAAUGCCGUAUCCAAGCUGACUGCAGCUCUUACCUCUCUACAAGGUGACAUGCAGCGGCUGACUGAGCAGCAGAACCACCUAGUCAAGAAUAAAGCUGUAGGUUCCAGCCCUAAAACCUCCACCCCAGCCCCCUUACGCCUGUCGCGGGAAACCACCCGAGAUUUCAAUUCAGCCUCCUCCUCUCCAUCUCCAUCCCACAGACUCAUAAACCACACUACUCCUCCUAAAUCCCCUAAAGUCCACCGUAGAGCCCAAUCUGUGCCCCCCAAAAGCCCCAAACACAGCCGUUCCUUGGAUGUUAAGGUUCCCAACAUAUCGAGGGUUAUGACCGCACCUCAAAACGUGGACCACAUCUCCCACCGUCGUCGUUUCACUCCUUGGCAAACUCAAGACCAGGCUUUGUCCUCAUUCUCCCUUGGUGACUCUGACAACCUAGAUGAGCUGCGCUCAUCUGGUCCAACCCCUGUCCCCACGCCAGCAAUGACCCCUAUACCAACUCCUACCCGCACUCCCGUUCCUGAUGACACAAUGUCAGAGGUAGGCUCCAACGAUGAUCAUAGUAUAUUUAGCAUGGACUUGGAGGCCGGGCCCUCACAUGGUCUUUUGGCAAACAAGGAAAGGCAUGCAGAUGGGGGCUGCAGCUCUGGUGCCCCGUCAGAGUGCUCCUUCGAGAGCGAUGCCACUGUAGGGAUGUUGAAUGGCAAACGCAGUAGCCUGAUAGAGAUCUCGCUGUCUGCUCUGCAAGGAGAUGGAGAGGAGGACGACCAAGUACCAGACGCUUUGUCCGACUCAAUGAGUGAACGGAUGGAGCCAGAGGCGAGGGGAGGGGUUGGUUUCUUUUUCAAGGAUGACAAGAAGCGACCAGAAGAUGAGAUGGCCCAGCGAAGAGCAGCUUUGCUGGAGAAACAGCAGAAGAGAGCAGAGGAGAUGAAAAGACGCAAACUUGAGCAGGAAAAAGAAAAAGAAUUAAACAAGCCUCAGUGGAUGAUCAUCGAAGGCUGGGGCAACAAGAGUGAGGACAGACCCCAGACUCCAGGCACCCCUCCAGCAUCACGCACCCCACCGGUCGAGGGGACUCCUCAGCGCAGAGGAGACUUCACUCGGCAGGAGUAUGAGAGGAGACAUCAGCUGAAGAUCAUGGAAGACUUGGACAAAGUGCUGAGGCAGAAACCCACCACGGUUCGAGGUGUCAAGAAGCAGAGACCCAAGGCUGGGUUCAGAGACGACUCCGUCAUCUCUCGUAGCCCUGUCAGGGGUUUCAUCGGCACAAAGGUGUACUCCCGCUCAACCAUGAACCUGUCCUCCAUGGCUAAUGACUCUGGAGGCCUGACUGUCAGGAAGUCUCCCAGUCAUUCACACUCUCCCUCCAGGCUCAUGUCACCGAGACGAGUGAGUGCUCACAAUGGAGAGAAGGACUGGGAGAAUGGCUCCACUAUUUCCUCCCCUGCCUCGAUCCCAGAAUAUACAGGACCAAAGCUGUACAAGGAGCCUAGCUUUAAGUCCAACAAGUUCAUCAUCCAUAAUGCCAUCACCCGCUGCUGCCUGGCCGGCAAGGUCAAUGAACCACAGAAAAACAAGAUUGUAGAGGAAAUGGAGGCGAGCAUGGCCAACCACUUCCUCAUCCUCUUCAGAGAUACCAGCUGCCAGUUCAGAGCAGUUUACACCAUGAACCCUGAAACUGAGGAGAUGGUACGGCUCACUGGUAUUGGCCCUCGGAUUAUUGCACCUGAGAUGGUUGAGUCCAUUUACAAGUACAGCUCUGACCGCAAACAGUUCACUGCCAUCCCGUCCAAAACUAUGUCCAUGAGUGUUGACGCCUUCACCAUCCCUGGUCACUUUUGGCAAAAGCGCCCAGGAACUCCCAAGAAGCUUGGCACCCCCAAAUAAUGUCAGAGAGCUGGGUGAAGAUGGGUACAGAUGUUAUCAUUCAGGGAACCAGCUCCCAGCUUGACUUGCUCCUUUUGUCCUCUGUUUUGGCCAAUGAGGCACCUGAGAUUGUGCAAAAUCCAGCUAACUAGCAGUGGACAGCAUGGCUGAUUUUUAGGCUUUUGGCCAGUUUUCAACCUGGACCCUGAGAACAAUUCAGUUAACUCUACUCCACUCACUCACUCAUUCAGCCAAUGUAGUUUUUCUCCUGAGGGCUUCUGAUUCUACCUAGAUUGUAAAAUGUAAUGCGACUGAUCCUGUUGGGACGAAGAUUUCUCUUUCCCUUGCACCCUGCCUCCUCAUGUCUUGCCUUACCCUGCCCGGCCCCUGGAGUCAGUUUUUGCAACUCUUAGAUAAGAAAAAGAGGGGACAGCCACACUGCCUUUGCCCACACAGUAUUUUGGGCCAGAGUAGUUCCGGCCCCUCUCACUUUUGCUUGCUUUUUCCUUUUGCUGCCUUUUCUUCUUCUUAUUAUUAUUCUUCUUCUUCCAGAGCUCACCCUCUCUCCACUCUAGUCAGACUAGGGGCUCAGCUCUCAGUUCUGGAGAUCCUAGCUGAAAAUGAAUGGCAGGUAAUGCUGCUCUCAUAUGAAUGUAGGGCACACACUUACCACUCAUUCCAUUCAAGGGUGUUUUCACUGUUUUUGUCAGGACCAGAAAAAAAAAAAGCAUAGUAGGUGGUUCCUCUGUGGGCUGCACUGGUGGUGGCUACUGUGGUUGUCCUUGGCCUGCUCACCUAGAAACUGUCUGUGCCCCCAUGAUUUGCGCAUUCCACUCAUUUCCAACUCCUUCAGCUGUAGACAUCUGGAUGUUUUUUUUAUACAAUUUUGACAUGUUUUUGCUGGACAAAUCGCUACAGCCUUUGAGAAGCUGAAAGAAGAAUUCAAUUCAUGAGACAUUUUCCUCUUAACUUGCUUUCUCAUUUUCAACCUGUGAUGAAUUGAAAUGUUAUCUUAGCUUAUCUUGAAAAACAAUACUGGAAACAUGAAGGAGGGCUUUACCAUGUUUAUUAUUUUCUUGGAUACAGCUAUGUGUGAAAAUGAUAAUCAAUGCUGAUUUAAUAUAUACUGAAUGCUGAUCACUUAGAUUUUUUUGACAAUGAUUUGUAAAAAGUAAGUUGACCUUUGUAAGCUACGAAUAAGCUAGCCUGCUGCUUAAGCAUUACUGAGAUGUAUGUUUGAGAUGGAAAUGAGUGUAAGAGAAUGAAAACAAAUUGUCAAAUAACUGAAAAUUGCUUAAACCUUUUGUCUAGGGAUUAAUAAAUCCUUUAGGUCACUGGGAGUCUGUUUCCUAUUAUAUGAUUCCCUGUUUUUGUGCCCCUGCAUAUAAACAGAAGGUUUCUUGUUGAAGGAUAAUUUUGGACUUUAAGAGCCCUAUUUUUUCUCCACAGUCUCUAGAGACUCCUUCAUUUAUAACUGGGGGAAUGUAAGACGCCAUUGUAAAACACUUUGUUUGGCAGUGUAUCCAUGCUGUUAGGAAAAACACUUGACCCUGCAGUUGCUUAUGAUCAUGUCAAUAUAACCGCAAAACCUUUUUGGAAACUGGUCUUCUUCCCCUCUUUUGGAAGUCUUUAGCACUACAGCAGCUGCCGUGGUGCAGCUGUCCUCUUUCAAAACACUGACUGCCUCCAACAAAUGUGUUGUUUGAAUGAGAUUCAGAUGUCGGAAAAAAAUGUGAAGGGCCGCAUUCAGGAAACAAGACGAUUGAUUAGAAGUGAGUGUGGAGGAGUGCAAAUGGAAUUAGUGGAUGUUUGUAUUUAUGUGUUUGUAAAGAGUAGUAUGUGGUAGUUAAACACUAUAUUUUGAUUCUGUGCAAUUCUCCCCUAGAAAUCCCCACGUUUCCCAGAGGUGUAUUUAUUUAGUUUGCAUUAGAUGGAGCGUUUGAUAUUUAGUUUCAGGUUCUACCUAUGUCUUUUUAGGUUAAGGUGGUAAGUCUCACAUUCAUUUCAUAGAAGUUGUCUUAACAUUUAUGUUGUUUUACUUCUCUUCUGUUAUCAAACCUGUGCCAGCACAUUAUGUAUGAUCAUUUCAUAACUUGAUUAUCCUUGGCAUCUAGACCAGACGAAUAAAAAUCCUUUCAAAUUCA